AUGCCCAACCCGGCCACCAUCGACGACGCCCAUUUCAUCAGAGAUGCCAACGGCACGCCGCCAUCACCGAUGCACGCCGUCCUCCGAGCGUACUGUUUAGGAUUGCUAAAGACAUGCGGCAAUGUCAACGAGAGGAUCAAGAACGAGCAUUACUACGAGGUCGGUUCGUCAACGCCCUCGGUUCUACUCGACGAUUUCAGCAUAGAGUCCGUACGCGAAGUCCUUAAGGAAGCAAGCUUUAUCUUGCGGCAGCUCUCGGACUCAGUACCCCAAGAAUUCGUUGACGCCCUCCACACCAGGCUGCUCUUCCGAUACACACUCCUGGCAGCCAUCGACCACACGCAGUACCGGACGGACCCGGAUCGCAUCAGGAGCCCUUGGAAAGAGGCUCAAGAUAUGCUGCCGACAAUCAAGAGCACUCAUGCGCUAGGCAAACCCGUUCCAGAGGCCUGUAGCGCCAAGCUUCAACGCAAACUCGCCAGCACGAUGCCUCCACGACCGAUCGUUGAGAUCAGUUUCGAUGACGCCUUUGGGCACCUUACGAAGAUCCUCAGCGACGGACUCGAGGUUGUGGGAGUCCUCGACUACACGGACUCCAUCUGCCUUCAGACAUACGUAACGACUUUCCAAGCGAAGAAGCCCCAGCCCCUAAUCUUUGUCCGCACCCUUCUUCAAAGCUUCCUCUUCAAGGACAUGGAGGUACUAGGCCACAAGAGCAUCCGCCAACUCCUCGAUGACGACUUCUCCAUUGUCUCCUUGCCCAACAGCCCACUCCUCGACCGCGAAAACGACGAGAUCGAGGCUAUCCAGGACCCGCGCUUCACCAUCGCGAACCAGAUGGAGGUCUUCCGCCAGCGCGCCGCGCAGCCCUAUCUCGACAUCCUGCGCACCUUCUGCCAGAACCGGUGUCGCGUGCGCAGGACUCUCUGCCACAUCGUCCGCGACUGGGAGAAUCUGCAGUUUGACGCCGAAGAUAUCGACCAAAUCAUCCAGCACCAGACCAAGGAGCAGCCCUUGGUUUACCAGUCCGCCUCGGGGCCCGUUGAGACGUGGUCUUUGCCGCUGUCGUCGUGGGCGUACCUGUACAAGGUGAAGCAGAUGGAGUGGAUCGUCCAGCUCGGCUUCGAGCUCGAGGUCUACCAGCCGGACGAGCUGGCAGGCAUGUACUGGUAUCUGAACUACCUGGCUAAGAACCGCCUCCAGCAUGUCGAGCGCAUCAAGUCCUUCGUCGUCCGCACUCUCAACCAGAUUCGCUCGGGCAGCCGGCGCCUGACGCCGACUGAAGAGGCGGCGCAGUACACAAAGUCCUUGGCCUUCCUCCGCCUGGCGCUUCUGGAUGCUGCCGUCACUGAAGGCCUCUCGGACGCCCUUUGCUGUCUUUACACGGUCCUCCACCGCCUGGGGCUGGUCAAGCCCCCUCCGCGACCCUACAGCACUGACGAUCUCCGCUACGAACUGCGGAUGAAGCCCUUUGCCGUCAUCGGUCUCCCCUCCCUGCCGACCUUUGAAGAGUUCACGAUCGGCACGCAGCAGGCAGAUUGCCCGAGCGCCGACCUGCUCGACCUCGCCGACCGGGCCAUUGCCGGCGCGAAAAAGGGCUUCGAGGUCAUGAGCAAGUUGUCAGAGGCCGAGGCCUUCUCGGUCGGAUCACAUGACCGUUGGCUGCCGUCCAUCAAGAAUGGGCUCAAGUCAUGCAUCGCCACAGGUUUGGCCGUCUCGGUUAUCCGAAAGGCGCUAGACAAGUCGGGCGAAGGCGGCGGGGACCUGAAGCUCAAGGCCGAGGUGCCGACUCCCGACAAGUCGUAUCACGAGUGGUGGAUCGUCCCGCGAAUCAUGCCUGUUCGAUGA